GCUCGAGCUGCGUCCCCAUUGGCUGGCUUCCACGUGCGGCUCGUGUUGCUGGGCGCGGGCGGGCAGAGGCGCGGCGGUCAUGGGUGGGGCAGGACGGGCGUGGGCGGGGAGCUUGGUGCUCGGGGGCGGCUGUCGUCGCCUGCGGGACCGCGCUGGCUGCUCCACUCCUGCUUCGCCCCUCCCACCCCCAGCUCUUGGCGGAACGGCAGGGGCGGGAGUUGGUCUUAUCCAUAGGCAAUACCUGUGAUCGGUAACGGGGGGCAGUGGGCCAGUUUUGGGGAGCUUCCCCUCAGUGGGCCGCAGGGAAGGGCAGGGCGGUGUGAGGGGAUAGGGAAGCUGACCUGUCCUCAGAGCUGCCAGCCCCCGCUGGGCGAGGAUCUGCACCUCUUCAUGGUGAACUGGGGUAAGAUGGUGCUGCAAAGAAGGCCGCCAUUUAGCGGCAUCAGCCCCAGCAUCCUGUGGGAAUGGGUUACCCCUACAGGGACAGGGCAGGAGGUGGGGUGCCACCGUGUGAGGUUAGCAAGAGCUCAGGGUUUAGUCAGAGCCUGCAGACAGCAUUCCUCAGGCAAACACCAUCGCUUCCCGCUGCAGAAUGCAUGGCGGUGCUUGCGUAUUUCCUUCGCUUUACCCAGCACGAACCCCCGUUGCGUUGCAGCCGCUGAUGGAGGCAGCGGGUGGCUGCGGUGAGCCCCGUGCAGGAGCGCAGCCCACUCCCCGGGCACAGCUGCAGGAGGUGGAGCCCCGUGCCGCCCGCAGACGCCUGGCACAGGCCCAGCAACGGGCGGUGCUGGCGAGACUCUUCAGCAGCCUGCAGGAGACGGUGCUAUCCCAGUCAGACAGCCCGGCCUCCAAGUAUCAGGUUUUGCGUAAGGCUAAGAAAUAUAUCCAGGAGCUGGAGCAAACCUUGAGUUCUUUGCUGAAGAUGAAAGAGUCCUUCAGCCUGGAGGAUGGGAACCCGUCCAGCCUGGAGGAAGUCAGGGAAGAAUAUGUCAAGAGGCACUUCAGCAAUCACAGCACUGACUUGCCCUCGGAAGCUGUGAGUGAGAGUGAUUCUGCCGUCUGGUAUUUGAUGCAAGAAUGUGAAAAACAAACAAUGGAAGAGGACAGAAAGCCAGGAUUUAUCCAGUACCCAGACACUUCAUCCCCAGAUCUGGUGGAAUUUGAACGGUACCUGUAUUUUUAUAAGCACACAGUAGACCUACUGAGAGAGCAUGGAAUUGUUUGCGCUGAGGAGGCGCCUCUUCCUGUGGUCUCCACGGCUAUUUCACACCUCUGGCAAGAGUUUUCAGAAGAAAGGAGAGACAGCAUCUUGCAGUACUAUAGCCAGAGGGAUUUCCACCUGGAUCCUACGGAUGCUUGCCAAGAGCCUGCGUGCACUGUUGGUGAUGUGAGGGACAGUGGAGGUAACAGUGAGGAAGCCAGUGGUUCCUUGGUCUCCACACCAGAGGAAGUAACGUUUGAAGAUGCGUUUGAUGUUGCUGCUAGUUUCCUUGAAACAAAUGAGACUCGGGGAUUGUCUAGCCAGAGUUCAUCAUUUGCAAGCAGCAUUUCUGAAAAUCCAGAGGAUGACCACAGACUCUAUCUGCAGAUCACUGACUUCCUAAAAAGCCUUUUCUUUGCUAAUACACAGUUCUGCCAGGAAGAAGAUCUUCAGUUCGAUUAUGAGACUGUAAUGCUGAGGUGCACGGAGACCUUUGAUGACGAAGAUUUAUAAGCAGUAUCCCUGUUUGCCAAUGUUUUGCCAAGCAUCGCUGGAUGCAGAAGGCAUGUGAAGAGACAGUGCCUCUUCCAGUGGAACACCUCUGCGGUCAGAAUGGGGAGACACUGUGUUGUGGUUUGUUAUUGUUGACUCCCCUUUCCUCAUCAGCGCUUCUUAACUUAUCAGUUGUGUAAUUUAUACUUUUAAACGUUCCAGGUUUAAAAUAUUUAUAAAACCUUAAGGAAGAAAUAUUUUUCUCUGUGACUUUUUUUAUGCUUAACCUCAUUUCACAAAUACACUGGAGCACAUGCAGUUCGGUGACCUUGCCUCAUGUGAGCUGUGGAAGAGAUGCAGAGAGGACGUGGCAACCUAGGCACUCCAAACUGCUACCUGCAAAACUCACAGCGUGCCUACCACUGUCCUGGCCUGGGCCAGAAACGACAGAGGAAUUUCUUCACAGAGAGUGAGAUGCGGCUCUUCCAUCUCCAUGAGGACAACAGUAGUGGCCACCCACUCCCAAACCACUCAGAGAUGCAAGUACAAUCACACACUGUGGAUUAUUUCUGUGAAGCGUGUAAAGCUGAAAGAGAACAAAGCCCCCUGUGCUGUUCUGCCACAUCUCGUUCUUUGAACAGUAGUGCUGCUCAGAUGGUGUCUUGAAAUUAAAAAUGCUGUGAAGUUAAAUAAGA